CUCUAUCCUGAAUCAACCAAGACUCCCCCACCUAUACAGACAUCCAUGAUAAAUGAGAUAGCAGAACAUGAGACUUUUACAUUGUAGUAUUUAAGCUCCCUCCAGACACGGAAACCGAUCGACUUAUGUUCAGUGAAGAGUAGCUCCUGCCACUGAGGAGGAUUCUUCUUCUUUUGGCUGUUUGAAGAGGCCAUUACAGAGAAACGUACACUUUUACUGAGGGACAAAAUGGCCUCCGGGUCCUUCUUCCAAGAAGAGGAUAUCCUCUGUCCCGUGUGCUAUGAUAUCUUCAGGGAUCCUGUGGUUCUCCCUUGCAGCCACAGUGCCUGUAAGACCUGCAUGGAGGAGUACUGGAAGCAUAAAGACGACCAGGAGUGUCCAGUCUGCAGGAAGAGAUCCUCCAUGCCUUUCCCAGCGGUCAGCCUCAUUCUGAAGAGGCUGUGUGAGGGGUUCCUACAGGAGAGGAGCUCCAGAGAUGCAGAGCCUGGGUCUGAGAGGCUCUGUGGUCAACACAAAGAGAAACUCAAGCUCUUUUGUCUGGAGGAUGAACAGCCUGUCUGUUUGGUGUGUCGUGACUCAAGACAACAUACAGGACACGAGUUCUGUCCCAUAGAUGAAGUUGUCCAGGACCAGCGGGAGAGAGUAAAGGCUGAACUGGAGCCCUUGAAGGAGAAGCUGAGACUUUACACUGAUGCCAAACUAACCUGUGGUCAAACAGAAAAAUACAUCAUGACACAGGCCGCAGAGACACACAGGGAAAUCAAGAAAGAGUUACAACAUCUUCAUCAGCUUCUCGUAAAGGAAGAGGAGGCCAGGAUAGACGCUCUGAUGGAGGAAGAGAAGGAGAAUACUCGGAUGGUAAAGGAGAAGACUAAAGAGAUUAGCAAAAUAAUCUCAAAUCUUUCAGACAAGAUCCAAGCUGUAGAGGAGUAUCUAGAGGGUGACCAUGUUACCUUUCUGCAGAGAUACAAGGCCAUUGUAUACAAGGCCAGAGCCCAGAGCACGGUGCCUGAUCCACAGCUGGUCUCGGGAGCGCUGAUAGAGGUGGCCAAACACCUGGGCAACCUGCAGUUCAGAGUCUGGGAGAAGAUGCAGGGAGAUAUAAAAUACUAUCCGGUGACUCUGGACCCCAACACGGCCCAUCCAGACGUGCUGGUGUACCCCGAUAUGGUCACGUUCAGAGCCAGAAACUCCGGGGAGAGAGAAGAGAUGGAGACGCCGGUUCCUGACACCUCAGAGAGGUUCAACCUCUAUGAAGGGAUCCUGGGCUCUGAGGGCUUCGAUUCGGGGACACACACCUGGGACGUGGAAGUCAGGAAUGAAUAUCUCCAGAGAUACGGGCACAGCAGGGACUGGGCCCUGGGGGUGGUGGAGGAGUCUGUGUCCAGGAAGGGCUUGAUAGAGAAGGGAGGCUGGAGGUUAGAGCAACAUGGAGGGGUUUACACCGUACGCUCUGUCCCCGAGCCUCCCAUCACCCUCUCGCUGAAGCUGAGAAAGGAGCCCCUGAGGAUCAGAGUGACUCUGGACUGGGAUGGAGGAACGCUGACCUUCUCUGAUUCUCAUUACAACAAACUUCUCCACACAUUCACACACACCUUCACAGAGAAAGUAUUUCCGUAUCUGAGCAAUGGGUGUGAAACCUUUACUUUGAGGCUCUUACCAGUGAAGGUCAAUGUAGCAGCUGAACAGCACAGUCAGAGCAGAUGCCACCUCUCUAUACCACCUUUCGCAUAUUAAAAUAUAUUUAUUUAAAUGCAUUUUUUUGUACGUUUCGGAGAGUUUCAUGUAAACCCACUUUUAGCACCGAUUUUAAGUUAAUGAAACGAUUGAUUGUUAAAGAUUCCUGGACCCUUUAUUUGAGCCUGAUUACACCUGAACCAAACAAACAGCCAUUAUGUUAAGACUGUCUGUGUUCUCUAUCUCUCUGUGACUCCCAAUAUAGGGCUUUGGUCAAAAUUAGUGCACUAUAUAGGGAAUAGGGUGCCAUUCUCUGGUCUAAAGUAGUGCACUAUAUAGGGAAUAGGAUGCCAUUUGGGAUGCAGCCUCUGUCUCUCUGUUGUACACCACGGCAAAAAUGAUGCCUCAUAUUGACCUGUAUUGGUCCAUGACACAAUCUGACCAUCAGACAAUAAACACGCAUUACAGAAGGUUA